UUGGAACAUGUGAGUAACCGAGUACUGAGUACCGAGGAAUAACUCGCCAGUAACUCCCGAUAAAGCUCAUGCUCAUCAUGUCUACAUGAGUGUAUUUUCUAUUCCUCGUUGUUCUUCAUCACGCAAUCUCACUUUAUUUAUAACAAGUCUACCCGCUCAGCCUGGAUUUUUAAUUACUAAUUACUCAUUAUCAUUAAUAACUAUCAUUGAGUGCGUUUAUGUUCUUAAUGCCGCAACUUCCAGCUCCAGAUGCGCAUGUCAUAUAUAUAGGGUUGAUGAAAAUAAGCAGUACCCCGAGCACCCUCUUACGAUUGUUGGUCCAGCUGUCAUUUUAACGUUUGGAGGUUAAGCAAACUCACAACUGUCAAGUCAAUAACUUCUAUAUAUUUAUUUUCAAACGGAGUUAUUUAUCGACAUAGAAAUAAAGUAAUUAAAAUCAUUGAAAUGGUGCUAAGGAUAUUUACGGUACUUGUCGUUGUUUGUGUUGUUCAAUUAUUACCGAGUUGCGAGGCUGCCUCGGCACAUAUCAGGAGUCAUCAACACAAGACCAAUGAAAAUGAAAGAUUGGAAGACGGAGCAUUUAGUCCCCGGGACAGUGAUCACUAUGUUGAUGGAGAGCAUCACAAUGAAUUUGAUCAUGAAGCUAUUUUGGGAAGUGUCAAAGAAGCAGAGGAGUUUGACAAAUUACCAGCAGCUGAGUCUAAAAAACGGCUGAGGAUUUUAUUAGAUAAAAUGGAUUUGAAUGGAGAUCAAUUUAUUGAAAGGCAUGAGCUUAAAGCUUGGAUUUUAAGAUCAUUCAGCAUGCUGACUGAAGAAGAGUCUAAAGAUAGAUUAGAGGAUGCAGACUCAAACGAAGACGGCCGAAUAACCUGGGAGGAAAUUUUACACGACACCUACGGCUCCGAUCCCGAAGAUUUGGCUAUAGAUGAAAAACUAGUGAGCGAUGACAAGGCGACUUUUGACGUGGCUGAUCAAGAUAAAGACGGAUUUUUAAAUACUGAAGAAUUUAAAGCUUACACGCAUCCUGAGGAGACUCCAAGAAUGUUUCCUUUCCUGCUGGAGCAAGCUCUCGAUGAAAAAGAUACAGAUAAAGACGGAUUUAUUAGUUUCCAAGAGUUCAUUGGAGUCAAAGCCAAGAAUGAGAAUAAAGAGUGGUUGCUCGUAGAAAAAGAUAAGUUUGAUCAUGAGCAUGAUAAAAACGGCGAUGGUAAAUUAGAUUCUACUGAGAUAUUGGCCUGGCUUGUUCCUAGUAAUGAAGACCUGGCGACUGAUGAAGUAGACCAUUUAUUCGCAGCGUCUGACGAUGAUCAUGACAAUAGAUUGUCUUUUGAAGAAAUCCUCGAGCACCAUGACGUAUUCGUAGGCAGCGAGGCUACUGACUACGGUGACUAUCUCCAUGACAUUGAACGUUUCACCGACGAGCUCUGAAACUUAGUCGUUAAUUGGGUUAGAAAAAAAUUAUUUCGACGAAAAAUUGGUCAAAAACGUAAAUGUCUCAAAGCAUUUAUUAUAUUUUUCGACGGGUGUCUUUUAUCAUUAAUAUACAAUUUAAUCCUUUUCUUGUAUAUUUGCCAGUAAUUACAUAAUUAUUUACGAUAAUUAAAUUAGCAGAUAUUUAACUUUUU